UGGGGAAGACAGGAGUCCUGGGGACAGUCAUGCCUCAGCCCUGAGAAUAUGUGUGGAGACACACUUGAGCACGUGGCGACUCAUGUCUGGGCACGUUUAUUGUCCACAGUGGGUCUGGCACAUGACUCCUACGUGUCUGUUCCCAUGCCUUCCGUGGGUCAUGUAUGUAGAUACAGGUGUCCUGCACACUCACGUAUGUGGGGUCUUGAGAUAGUGUGUCUGUCCAUUAGUCAGGCCUUGGGUAGGGGGAUCUGGGCCGGGUAAGGUAAGGUGGGGCUGGGCAGGGGCGGGCAGGGGGGCAGAGGCUGCCGGUGAAUGACAGCAUGUGAGUAUGCGUGAGAAUAUGUGUUUGUGCGUGACUGUGUAUAUGUGUGUGUCGUCUGUCUGUCUGAUGGGGAGUGCUGAACAUCUCAGGCUAUCUAGGUUCUGUGUGUGUGUGUGUGCACUUGGGUGAGCAGUGGGCUAGGUGCGCUGGUUGUGUUUGCCGGAUCUGUGUGCAGCCCACGUGUGUACAGGAAGUUAUGUGAGCAGAGUGUAACUGAAAGCAGACCUGCGUGCACCUUCCCGUCACCAUCCUGCCACCUGCUGCCACUUCCUCUGUGCGUCUCUCCUCUUCCCUUUCCCUCCCUCUUCCUUGCCUUUGCCCCCAGGCCUGUGAGCUCAUCCUGGUCCCAGGGACUUCGAAGGCCUUCCUUCUAGCAUCUUCCGGGGUGAAAUGGGCAGUGUGGGGUUGGAUUAGCUUUGUGAAUUCCAUGUGGUCUCAGCUGGAUUCCCCCAACUUGGCUGUCUGGGGAGACGUGGAGGGGUAGGAAACCCAUGACCUUUUGGUCCAUCCUGAGGUCCACAGGUAGAGCAAAAACCUGGAGACAUAACCUUGGAGUUCCCUGAUUGGACCUGAUACUAGGACAGGACCCCGGGCCCUUGCACUAUGCCCCCUACCCUACCCAGGUCUGCAGCCCCGCCCCCCACGCCCAAGGUAAACAGCUGUAGCUCAGAGUAUCCAGCCUCUGUAGCCCAAGGGGUUUGCUCACACCUUCCAGGCUAGUUGGCCCAGAAGUAGUUUAACCUCUAUAAGCCCACCUCUGGUCCCCAAGACCUGGACCUCUGAGGGUUGAUUCUUGGGUCUUGCCUGAGGCAUAGGAUCGGAGUGUAACCCCUUGGAAAUGCCAUGGACUUCCCCAGGAGACCUGGCUGGCCAGAAUUCAAACCGGAGGACCCUGCGAGAGGGGAUUACAUCUUCUACCUGGAGCCUGAGAAACUUGAGUCAGGGAAAGGCAAAUGCCCAUACGACCCCAAGCUGGACACGGCCUCAGCCCUCAUCAAUGAGGAGCUCUACGCAGGAGUGUACAUCGAUUUUAUGGGCACUGAUGCAGCCAUUUUCCGUACGCUUGGAAAGCAGACAGCCAUGCGCACAGAUCAGUACAACUCCCGGUGGCUCAAUGAUCCUUCAUUCAUACAUGCUGAGCUCAUCCCUGACAGCGCUGAGCGCAACGACGAUAAACUCUACUUCUUCUUCCGAGAGCGCUCUGCAGAGGCUCCGCAGAACCCUGCGGUGUACGCCCGCAUCGGGCGCAUCUGCCUCAACGAUGACGGUGGCCAUUGCUGCCUGGUCAACAAGUGGAGCACAUUCCUGAAGGCACGGCUCGUCUGCUCUGUGCCAGGCGAGGAUGGCAUUGAGACCCACUUCGAUGAACUCCAGGACGUGUUUGUCCAGCAGACCCAGGACGUCAGGAACCCAGUCAUUUAUGCUGUCUUCACCUCUUCAGGCUCUGUGUUCCGAGGAUCUGCAGUGUGUGUCUACUCUAUGGCUGACAUCCGCAUGGUCUUCAAUGGGCCUUUUGCUCACAAGGAGGGCCCCAACUACCAGUGGAUGCCUUUCUCAGGAAAGAUGCCGUAUCCCCGGCCUGGCACAUGCCCUGGUGGAACCUUUACGCCAUCGAUGAAGUCCACCAAGGACUAUCCUGAUGAAGUGAUCAACUUCAUGCGUACUCAUCCACUCAUGUACCAGGCCGUCUACCCGCUGCAGCGGCGCCCCCUGGUGGUCCGUACAGGCGCUCCCUACCGCCUCACCACUGUCGCUGUGGACCAGGUGGAUGCAGCUGAUGGACGCUAUGAGGUGCUUUUCCUGGGCACAGACCGCGGGACAGUGCAGAAGGUCAUCGUGCUGCCCAAGGAUGAUCAGGAGGUGGAAGAGCUCAUGUUAGAGGAGGUGGAGGUCUUCAAGGAGCCAGCACCUGUUAAAACUAUGACCAUCUCUUCCAAGAGGCAACAACUGUAUGUGGCCUCCGCCGUGGGCGUCACACACCUGAGCCUGCACCGCUGUCAGGCCUAUGGAGCUGCCUGUGCUGACUGCUGCCUCGCCCGAGAUCCCUACUGUGCCUGGGAUGGCCAGGCCUGCUCUCGCUACACAGCAUCCUCCAAGAGGCGGAGUCGCCGACAAGAUGUCCGCCACGGGAACCCCAUCAGGCAGUGCCGUGGUUUCAAUUCCAAUGCAAACAAGAAUGCCAUAGAGUCUGUGCAGUACGGCGUGGCCGGAAGUGCGGCUUUCCUUGAGUGCCAGCCUCGGUCACCUCAAGCCACUGUUAAGUGGCUUUUCCAGCGAGAUCCCAGUGAUCGGCGUCGUGAGAUUCGCGCAGAGGACCGCUUCCUGCGCACAGAGCAGGGGCUGUUGCUUCGCGCCCUGCAGCUUGGUGACCGCGGCCUCUACUCCUGCACGGCCACUGAGAACAACUUCAAGCACGUCGUCACGCGGGUACAGCUGCAUGUACUGGGCCGGGACGCCGUCCAUGCUGCCCUCUUCCCCCCACUGGCUGUGAGCGUCCCUCCACCUCCUGGCACAGGCCCUCCAACACCUCCUUACCAGGAGCUGGCCCAGCUCCUAGCCCAACCGGAAGUGGGCCUCAUCCAUCAGUACUGCCAGGGUUACUGGCGCCAUGUGCCCCCCAACCCCAGGGAGGCUCCAGGAGCUCUCAGGCCUCCUGAACUCCAGGACCAGAAAAAGCCGAGGAACCGCCGCCACCAUCCUCCGGACACAUGAGGCCAGCUGCUGGAGGCCUACAUAGGACCAGCCUAGCCCCUCAUCCCUUUUAAUAUAAAAGAUAUAUAUAUAUAUAAAUAUAAAAUAUCUAUAUUCUAUACAUACCCUGCCCCUGCAAAGACAGUAUUUAUUGGUGGGUUGUAUAUAGCCUGCCUGGGUGGCAGCAUUAUUCCAGAACUUAGACCCAGAUUGGUCAGCAACGGCACAUGACUGAGCACGCCCAUCCUGGCCUAGGGAGUUGCCAGGGCCACCCCAAGACCACACAGUCCCCAGACUCCGUGGAAAUCUCCUUGCUGAACAGCUGCCAAGUUCUACAAAACACAGGGAGGGAGCGAGCCCUACUUGUGGGGGCAUGGACCAUAAACCUUUGGUGACGAGCAUUGUCAGCUGUGCCUUGGCAUAGACGCGGACACCGGGAUUGCUCUGGAGUCUGGGGCGGGGGCUCAGGGCACUCAGAGGCGGGAGAAGGGGGCCAUCACAGGAUAUAGGCCCCUGCCUGGGUCAGAGGUGCCCAGUCAAGGCCAAUCUUUCCCAGGUAUUUAUUCUCUAUUUAUUGGGGACAGAAGAGAAGUCUGUCUGGGUGAGGCAGAACCUUCUCUUCUCCCUUCCUUCCUUGCCUGUCCUGGAAGGUCCAGCCUAUUCUACCUCCUUAGCUUUGCCUGUGCUGCCCCAACGCACGGGCGGGGCUGGGUGCAGGCAUGGUUUUAAAGAACCCCCAGUCCUGAGGAUAGAUGGGCCAUGGUGGAGGCCCAGGGCCUGUCUGACAUCCCCAAGGCUCACGUCUGCCCACUGCCACAGGUGAUGGGUGUAAAUAGCUCUGGUGGCAGUGGCGUAGAUGGUUGGGGGGCUCCUGCAGCCUCUGCUGCCCAGGCCGCAGUCUCUCUUGGGUUCCAUCUUGCUAAUAAACGCUGGCUCUGGGACUAGA